UAGAAAUUUUAAUCAAAAAUUUGACCUCCAAAACCUGGGCUGAAUUACCUAUCAGUUAAUGUAACCACUAACUAAAAAAAGGAGCCAUCUUCUUCUCUGAGUAGAGUGGGGGAAAGCUUUUCUGAAUACCUGAAUAAGAAAAUGAUGGCAGCAGCAACCAGGAGUGACUGCCCUUCUGAGGAGGUGCCAGAACCCCCCCCCCCUUUACAAAAUGACCCUUGCAAUCUUCCUUUGACAAAUACUUGAGAUCAACUUAUAAAUAAGUACAGUAGAGUCUCGCUUAUCCAACGUUCUGGAUUAUCCAACACAUUUUUGUAGUCAAUGUUUUCAGUACAUCAUGAUAGUUUGGUGCUAAAUUCUUAAAUACAGUAAUUACUACAUAGCAUUACUGCGUAUUGAACUACUUUUUCUGUCAAAUUUGCUGUAUAACAUGAUGUUUUGGUGCUUAAUUUGUAAAAUCAUAACCUAAUUUGAUUUUAAUAGGCUUUUCCUUAAUCCCUCCUUAUUAUCCAACAUGUUCACUUAUCCAACAUUCUGCCGGCCCGUUUAUGUUGGAUAAGUGAGACUCUACUGUAUACAGUUUACCAUCUUAUUGCCCUCUUCAGUACAGUCUGUCCCUUAGAGGCAAUUCCCAGACACUGAGGUGAGGGAGGAAGGUAUUUUAUUAAGCAUAUUUUAUAUUUCUACUGAAAGCCUGAAUGUUAUUAAAGUGAAAAAGAAUGAUAAAAAACCCAAAUGCACCACACUUAUACCGAACUCCUGCUAAACUGAUAACAAAGAAGCAAAGAUGGCUACACUGAUUAUAAGAAACAAUUCAAAAUCCAUAUUAGGACAUGAUCUCUAUUGGGCCAAUGCAAAAUCUCAAAAUAGUGUGCAAGCUUUUGAGUUCUGCAGAAUUCUUCAUACAAUAUGGCAAACACCAAGUAUUUGAGUAAUAGUAAGAUUUUAUAUUUUCAAACAGAGGGCAUCUAACAUGGCUGUUUCUUUAUUGUUGUAGCUUUCUGUACAGUUCCUAACUACCUCACUACUCAAUAACUUAACUUGAUCUGAUCUGAUCUGUAUCCUCCCUUUCCACAUCCCACAUUAUGUGGGAUGUGGGAGGCUCUAACCAAUGGUUCUCAACCUGUGGGUCCCCAGAUGUUUUGGCCUUCAACUCCCAGAAAUCCUAACAGCUGGUAAACUGGUUGGGAUUUCUGGGAGUUGUGGGUCAAAACACCCGGGGACACACACAGGUUAAGAACCACUGCUGUAACUAAAUGGAGAGCCCAUGGCUUGAACAUCAGCCAUUUCUUCCGCUUUCUUUUGCUUUGGUGGCCAUCUUGCCCGAUAUGUUGUUCUGGGCAACCCAAAAAGCUGCACACUAUUUCCUGAUUUUUAGUUGUCCUAAUGAAGGUAUUGUUCUAAUAUGGUCACUGCAAUAGAGUAACAAUCAAGAACAAGUAUAUAUAACUAAGUAACAUCUUCUGGUCUGACUCUCCCAAACUUGAUAGAAACAUCACCCAUUAUCUGAUUGCUGGCAAAAUCAACCACCUCCUCCCCUUGUUGUUGAUGCUCUACAAAGCAGCAGGGUAGCAAUGAUCAUGGCAAUAGAAUCACAGCCACUUUUAUAAUAUGUCAAUAUGAAAGCGUUAUGAACCUGCUUUAUUUAUAUCUGAUAGAGACUAUUGGUGUGUUACUAAAGAGACUGCUUACAGACGUGUUACACAAAAUAGUGGUCCAUGGACCAAUGUCAGUUCACAAACCAUCAGCUGCAAGUCCAUGGAGAAUUUCCUGGAAAGAAAGAAAGAAAGGAAGGAAGGAAGGAGGGAGGGAGGGAGGGAGGGAGGGAGGGAGGGAGGGAGGGAGGAAGGAAGGAAGGAAGGAAGGAAGGAAGGAAGGAAGGAAAAAAAAGAGUAAUGGCUAAGGGGCACAAAUAUAAUGUUGGGGGGGGGAGGGAGUUGGCCCCCUAUAUCAGGUAACCUAAGAGGUUUAGGGAAUAGUAGAAGAUUGUAAAAGUGACUAAUGCAUCGAAAGAGCUUGCUAGAAGCAGGUUGAUUAAUAUAGAAUCACAGGCUAGAACAAUAUGCAGUUUAAGCUGCAGUGGUUGAGUUUUCUUAUCUACGGAGCGAUGAGAUGGUUUUAUUUUUCACACCAGGGAUGGUCGUUCUCGGGUUGCUGCAAGAAACACAAAGGAAUGCACAGGCAUCACAGAAGCUUCAUAAAAUAGUAGUGCAAUGUGUGUGUGUGUUUCAUUUGAGCCAGUUGGUAAAGCAGAGGAAGCUGCACUUGUACAAUUCAGCCAAUAAAUCCAUGCAGUGCUCAGAUGAGACAAGCAACAAAGGAGUUUCUGAGGCAACAUUACAUAACAACCAGAUAUAGGGCAAUUCAGUACAUACAACGUAGUUCCAAUGAAAUCCUCUCAGGGAUUUUUUGUAUUGUAUAAUUUACUGGAGUUCAAGACAGCACAACACUUUAGGAAUCUGUCUGGGGCAUCUAUUGGUGUGCUCUCCCUCAGAAAAUGAAUCAGGAUUGCACAAUCUGUUCUUUGGUCUGCCCACUCAAUAAGCCUGAAAGGUUUGAAAAUAUAUUUUUUUUUCAUCUUUAAAGUCAUUGUAAUAAAGCAUGCCUUCUGAAUGAGUGAAAGAUCUGAACGUGGAAUCUAAUAUUCUUUUUAUUCUUGGGAAAACUGAAACAGAGUUGCCAGAGUUUUUCCUAAUCAGGCUGCUUUUCCAUUAACAGCAGAAGUAUUAGCAGAUGGAGUUUUCCAUCACCUUGAGAUGAAGUGAUAGAAAAGGGUUUUGUUAUAUAUCUUUAUUAAAUUUCUUCAAGUGUGGUUGCCCAUUUUCUUUCCUUGGGUUGAAUCCAAGGAGCAGGUGGCUGAAACUGCCAAAAUAUUGGUUGAAAUCAAAAUGCUCCAAAGCAGUCAAAAGAAAAGAAAAGAAAAGAAAAGAAAAGAAAAGAAAAGAAAAGAAAAGAAAAGAAAAGAAAAGGAUGAUGAGAAGGGAGAACAACGAGAAAGAGAAGCAGCAUUAUGGUUCAUAGUGAUAGUGUCCAGAAGUCUACUAAUAUAGUUGCUUUUAUGUGUUUAACAGAGUGGAGAUGUGGGCUGCAAUCAAUUUAAAAAACAAAUUGUUACUCCUUGGUGCUUUCAAAAGAGGAAAUUCAUUUUGUUCUGCCAAGAAAGGGCACUUCAAAGAAUUUGACUACAACAUUUUCCCACCUUAUCGUAUCCAAACCACCUGCUAUUAAUGGUGUUGAGACAGGGACUACAGAAAUGGCAAAAACAUGGUCAAAAUCCUGGAUCAGCAAGACACAGCCAAAGGUUUUGCCAUGUUACUUCUCCUACUGCCCCAAACUACACCUUUUAUCUGCUGUGGCCACUCCCCCCACCCAUUUGGACAGUGUGUGUAUCAGAAGAAGAAAUGUGGCACAUUACUAGAUGAUGGCAUCAAUGCCACAGGAACAUAGCAGGACACUCUCCUCUGGCAAUGUUGUGCAGGGCAUGCUGCAGAUAACAUGUGAGUUUCGGUGCAAAUUUCAGUUGUUACGUGAUGUCAGUAGAAAAUCCUGACCCCUGCAAUGACCCAGAAAUGACUUAUGUGGAUACAAAUGGGCUUUAAAGGUAAAGGUUUCCCCUUGACAUUAAAUCUAAUUGUGUCUGACUCUGGGGGUUGGUGCUCAUCUCCAUUUCUAAGCCGAAGAGCCAGCAUUGUCCAUAGACACCUCCAAGGUCAUUUAGCUGGCAUGACUGCAUGGAGCGCCAUUACCUUCCCACUGGAGCAGUACCUAUUGAUCCAGUCACAUUUGCAUGUUUUCAAACUGCUAGGUUGGCAGAAGCUGGGGCUAACAGCAGAAGCUCACCCCGCUCCCCAAAUUCGAACUGCCAACCUUUUGGUCAGCAAGUUCAGCAGCUCUGUGGUUUAACCUGGUGCGCCACCGGGGGGCUCCUUUAGGUAUAAUUCAUUACCAUAAUUUUAACAUAUGCAGCAAAGAUGCAACAAUAUGACCAAACGUAUCUGUUCAAUCUGCUGUCCCAAUGGGCAACUUGAAAACCUCUCUCACUGUUCUGAUGGUUCUUUUUCUUUCAACUGGAUUCCCUUAAAUAUGAUAGUGAAAACAUUUGGGAGUUACAAGGGGUUCAGCUGUGCCUUCCUAAGCAAGCUUGGUGCCUUCCAGGGCAAAGUGGACAAUAAAGCAUAAACAGUUGCCUGCCUGUUAGCUUUUGUAUCCCCUGGUGGUGCAUAUAUGUAUGUAUACGCCACCGGGGGCAUACAUACAUGUAAACUCAAAGGCAGCUAAUAUUUUGGCAAUAUUAGUCACUUGCUCCUUAUAGCCACCUGCUCCUUCCUUCAAACUGCUGUGGUUAUACUACACAUACUGCCAAUGUGCACUGCAACAUAUUUUAAAGCAGGGUGACUAAACCUUUUAAGUCGAGAGCCAGUUCACUGUCCCUCCGCCUGUUGGGGAGCCAGACUCUAGUUUUUAAAAAACAUAAACAUACAUUGCACAUGUCUUAUUUAUAGUUCCAAAAAAAACAUGGAAGUAAAAUACAAUUUAUCAAAUGAAGAAUUUUAACCAACAUAAAGAUACCAAUCUUUCAAUGGGAAGUGUGGGCCUGUUUUUGGAUGAUGAGAGAGUCAAAUUAGUUAGGACAGUUGUUGUGUGCUUUCAAGUCGUUUCAGACAGUAGCAUAUGCUGCCUCAGAGUCUGGUGAAGUCUCCUUCUCUGGAGGUUUUUCAGUAGAGAUGGCAUGGCCAUCUAUCUGGAGGGCUUUUAUUGUGGCAAGGGGGCUUAUAGUUGCCGCCUGGCUCUCCCCUUUACUUCCCAAGGGAGGAGCCACAACAAAGGGUGGCCUUUUUGGAAAACACGUGGUGGCAACACAGGACGAAAGCAGGAAGGAGAAGGGAGGGAAGCCAGUCAGGUGCUCAGCCUCCAGGACCUGCCCCUCCCGGCCAUGCAGUAGCUGUGGUGGCAGCAGUGGCAGCAGUGAGCACCUGGGCCAAGCAGGGCAAAAUUUGCGGGGGGGAGAGAGAGAGAGAGAGAGACUAGGGGCCAUUGUGAUGGAAUGCCCAAGGCUGGGGCCACCCAAGGAGAAGGCAACACUUAAUUAGGGUCAAGGGAUACAAGAGGCCACCAUCUCUCUUUCUCUUCUCCCAAGGAGCUCUGCCUUUUCUGGGUCCUUGAUCCCCAAGAAGGAAGGAAAGAAUGAACAAAGAGAGGAAGGAAGUCAAGAAAGGGUGGGAGAAAGGCCUGGAGAAAGAGGGCUGGUGGAAAUUUGAGCAAGGGCCACAUUUGAUUCCCGGGCUGGAGUUUGGACAUGCCUGCUUUGAAUGCCUGCUGGGUUUAAAUCAAAAGUCUAAAAUAAACCCCUGAACACACUGCAAUGGGUCACAAUGUAAACCACAUUGCAUGGUGAAAUCAACUACACAGAAUGUAAAACGUUGUGGAUACCCAACACAAUGAUGCAUGGUGUGAACUUCAGAACAAACGGGGGCUGAAAAUGUCUAAGGGCAUAGCUGUGCAGCAGGUGGCCAAAUGACCCCCUGGGACAGGUAAUCAAAUGUCUCCAUUCCUACUUUGUGUUUCUUCGUUCCACCUUGUGCCCCCAGAGUACAUGGGCGCGUCUCACCAGGAAAAGAAAAACAAAUCACAUUCUCCAUAGCUGUCAAGCUAAAAAUAUCACACAACCGUCUGUGGUUAAUGUAAUCACCACCCUGGCUUCAAACCUGUUUCAGAAAUGGCAAUUGAAUCAUCCACACAGCAACACCAGUUUUUGGCAAACCAGUUUGGAGCCGACCUUAAAUAUUCAGCUAUGACAACAGAGAUGAUCCUUUCCCCAAACAUUACCAAUGUACCCCAGACUGACCAGCAGGCACCUGGUUGUGUUUUCAUCCAACCACCAGGGACAGUACAAUAUAUAGCAUGUGGAGGUUAUCAGCUUGGAAACCCUGGCAACCUACCUCAGCAGCAAGGCAACCCACCUCAGCAGCAACACAACCCACUACAGAAACUUCUCAAAGUGGAGACUAAGACUCUGGGGGGCAUCCAAAUCAUGAUUGGACUGAUGCACAUUGGCCUGGGAUGUAUCGCGAUAGUAAUGUCAGGAAGGACUUAUAUUUCUGUUGGUGCAAUAUCAGGUUACCCAAUCUGGGGUGGAAUAUUUUUCAUUAUUUCUGGGUCCCUUGCUGUGAGCUCCGAGAGAUACCUAAAUGGUUCUUUGGUGAGAUGCAGUGUAGGAAUGAACAUCACGAGUGCUAUAAUGGCAUUAACUGGAAUCAUUCUAUAUAUAGCGGAUCUCAUCACAAGUAGAAAUUUUUAUUAUUAUUACGAUCCUCAUGCUUCUUAUCCAUAUUACUAUUUUUCACUGUUAUCUAUCUUACAGUCUCGUCAUCUUACUGUUGGGAUCGUGAUCCUCUUGUUCAGUUUGCUGGAGUUCUGCAUCACUGUAUCAACAGCACAUUUUGGGUGCCAGGCAGCCUGUUGCACUAAUGAGCCAGUUACAGUUUUUGUGCCUUAUACUGCCAACUUUGCAAGAGUGGCUCCUCCUGAAAGCAGUCCGACUCCUCCAAACUAUCAUGAUGUAGCUCAUCCUCCCAAGAUGGAGACAGAGUGAUGAAGACCUCAAGAGACAUUUUAGGUUGUUAUCUACACUAUAGACAUAAUAUGGUUUGUCACCACUUUAUCUGCCAUGGCUCAAUGCUGGGAUAUGUAGUUUGGUGAGAUACCAGCACUCUUUGGCAGAAAAGGCUGAAGGCAUUGAUAAAAUUAUAACUUCCAAGAUUUCAUAGCAUUGAGUCAUGAAAGUUAAAGUGGUAUCAAAUUUCAUUAAUUCUACAGUGUGGAUGCAUCCUUUUGGGUGGAAUAGAGUGCGAGGGCCAUCUAGUAUGUGAGUUACAAAGGAAUUUUUGCUGAAAAGAAACUAGGAUGUCUAAAAACAGAAUGCAACCUUGGGAAUUAGUCUAGACAGAAGAUGAACUGCUGCUUAACUAGAUAACGCUUUGAAUGCUUCUACGCAUGCUUAAGAAGCUAAUGAAUAUUAACUUUUAUGCCCAAGUGGGGUUUAGUAGCCCUUUUCUGUACAUGGGUCAUAUGUGUGAGGGGGACACAAAGGGGGAGAAUAUAAAAUAGGCAUAUUGGUAAAAUUGGACUUCGGAGUCCCUAAGCAAUGGGGAAAUGAGAGAGGGAUCUUGUGGCCGGGAAUAGGGAAUAAAUAUAUUUAUUGUAGAACUAUAUGACAUUCCUUUAUGUUGGACACCCAAUUCAGCUGACUUACAAAGUAAAGUGCUUGCUUCAAUAACUUUGUUCUCUGAUGGUUAUUUAGCAUAUUGGAUACUUAUUUCUCCUUGCAUCAUGGGAAGGGCUCCAUCAUAUAUUGUUCUCUCUCUGUGUUCAAAGUGUCUAGAACAGUGGUUCUCAACCAGGGGUCCCCAGAUGUUUUUGGCCUAGAACUCCCAGAAAUCCCAGCCAGUUUACCAGCUAUUACCCAGGAUUUCUGGGAGUUGAAGGCCAAAAACAUCUGGGGACCCCAGGUCGAGAACCACUGGUCCAGAAAGGGGGGGCAGUAUGGCAUAAUGUUCUAGAUAUCAUACCUUGCCUUAGUUUUGAGGCAGAGUUUGCCUUGACGUAUUUUCUGAAGCCUUGGCUUAUUUCACUUGUUUCGGGGACAUGGAUGCUCUGGCCUGUGAGUUACAUAAUCUGUAGACGAUUCCCAAUUGGUGUGCUAACUGUGUGCGGCUAGUUAUAACCUUCCCUGCUAGUUUCAUCAUCAUCAUCGAUGAUCACUUGUGUCAGAGUAUGAUUGUCUUCCAAGUUUAGGGUCUUGGUGGUGAGUCUGUAGGUGACUGUAGAGACCUAUCCUUAAUCCACAUGUUAUAUUACAGUGAGGACAUCGCUUUCCAUGUGGAAGGCAGUCCCGGUCAGAACUGGCUUGACGCUCCUUCCUCUUGACACAUUUCUUCCUUUCGCCCUCCAUUGGUGCCUCUUCAAAUUCCAUAGCACUGUUGGUAACAGCUGACCUCCAGUUAGAACGCUUGAGGGCCAGGUUACCUUUAAGUCCAUCUUUAAAUCUCUCUUCCUGUCCAUCAACAUUCCAUUUUCCAUUACUGAGUUGGGAGUACAGUAACUGCUUUGGGAGACUGUGACUGGAUAUUCAGACCACAUGGCCAGUCCAGCUUCUUCCAGCACACUGACAUUAGUUUGCUUGUCUUCCCAAGAGUUUUUCAGGAUUUUUUGGAGGCAACGCUGGUAGAAUCAUUCCAGGAGUUGAGUGUGACAUCACUCAAUGGCAUAUAACAGGGUUGGGAGAAGAAUAGCUUUAAAAAUGCAUCUUGGUAUCCUUAUGAAUGUUCCAAUCCUCAAACACUCUCUGUUUCAUUAAAAAAAUGCUGCACUCACAGAGCUGAGAUGGUGUUGUACUUCAGUGUCAAUGUUGACUUUUGUGGUGAGGUAGCUGCCAAAAUAGUAGAAAUGGUUAAUAUUUUCUAAUGUUAUACCAUUAAGCUGUAUUUCUGGCAUUGCAGAAAGAUUGGCUGGUGACUGCUGGAAGAGCCCUUUGGUUUUCUCGAUGUUCAGUGAGAGGCCAAGCUUUUCAUAGGCUUCUGCAAAGGUGUUUAGAGUUGCUUGUAGGUUUUCUUCUGAAAGAGCACAGACUACAUUAUCAUCAACAUAUUGGAGUUGUAUAACAUAUGUUGUUGUGACCUUGGUUUUGGCUUUCAGUCUGCUCAGACUAAAUAGCUAGUUUAACUUAAAGAGCAAAACCAGCUGGUAAGGUGGUUAUGAUAUGAAACUGGAGGUUAAUGGUUCAGUCACACUUUCCCUUUUCUCAUGGAGUCUUCUUCAUAGAAGGAACUAUUGUGAGAACUCUUUUGGUAAAAUAGCUCUUGCAGCCAUUCAUGGUUAUAAUGGAAGAUUUCAGUUGUCAUUCCCCAUUUUAGUCUCUCUUCUCCUCAUUUCUGCUCUUAUGUCUGGGAUGCCUUAUGACACAUUUCUCAUGGACUGUGAUACUCUGAACAGAUUCAUCCUGACAUUUAUCAUGCAUCAACUGGCUUUAAUGCUAGGAGAGAAAAGAAAUCUUGACUGGUAAUCUUUCCUCAGGAACAAACAUUUUAAUCAUGACAGCAUAGACACUAGUUGGGAAAAAGCAUCAUUCUUCCCACAACCAUCCAAAAGACAUGAGCUACUAAUACCCUACUAUGCUGGCUCUAUCAGAAUUUCCCUACAAAUGGUGGGUAAUCUAUAUCUAUAUAAUAAUGAAAAUAGGUUUUACAUAUUGAUCUAUGUACGUAUGAAUCUUUGCAUGUUUGUAUGCAUUUUCCAAGAUGGCUCUUGUAUUCAGAGAGACCUGUGACUCCUACCAACAAUGUAUCUUUAUAAACCUUGGCAUACAUCCCCCUCCCAAUGACCAACAGAAAGUAUUAGAGGGAUUUGGGGAUGAUUGACCCAUAAUGAUGGGAGUUGCAGUCCCCACACAUCCAGAAAGCCCUGUGACACCAACAAUGGAUCUGGACCAAACUUGGCACACACACCCAUCAUGACCAAUUUUAAAUACUGGCAAAGUUUGUGUGGCAAUGAAAGGAUGAUGCAAUAAAGGGGGUAAAAAGUAAUGGUUUAUAGAUGUAUAUAAAGUAGGCUGAUUUCUAUGUAUUAGAUGGAUUCCAUUGCAAUAAAAAAGUAGAUAUAGUUCACUGAUAACGAAAGAGACUGUAAACCCCACUGACAAUGGAUCUAGACUAAACAUGGCACACAUACCCAUCAUGACCAACUUUAAAUACUGCUGGGGUUUGGGAGAUAAUUGUUGGAAAAAUGUCAUCCUGUACUGCUUAAGUCUCUAUGGUUAGAUAGGAAGCCUAGAAAAGAGUUAGGGACACCUUUCUCCAGUCCUAUGCAUGCUUUGAUUAGGCUUUACUAUUGUUUCCUCCUUCCUGUCCUAUUUAGGUCAACCCCAUCCUUUGAUGCUUUAGAAAUGUGAUCUCUCCUAGAGUUGACGUAACUUCCCCAAUUUGGUCUCUGGAAUGUUUAUGGCCCUAGAGAAGAAGAGACCCACAAGGUUGGUCGCCUUUCCUUUAUCCUGCUUUGUUCCAGAGAGAGGAUGCACUUUUGUCCCUCUUGUAGUCAAGAUGUAGCUAUCUAGAUCUUUGUUAUUUUGAUCGGUCUAUGUGUUUUUAGAUCAGCUUAGAUUAGCUAGUUAGCUCCAAACCUUUUCUAUCCAUCAAUGGAUUUCUUUUUACCUCAAUAAAUGCUUUUAAACUUUAAA